CACGAAUGAGAUUAUCGAUAAGUAAAGAAUGAGAAUAUCGAUAAGUAAAUUAGAUUAUAUUGGAAAUAACAGGUUUUGACAGUUCGAACUGAUGGGGUCUGCACCGUUAUGUGGAUCAAAACCAGCUGCUGUCGUUGACUCCAUUUCAAUUUAGGACAUUUUAAACUCAGAGCAGCGUGGAUCAAAAUUCCGUGGUACUCAAUCUGCUCAAAUUUAAUGCACAGAUCAAACAGAAGAAGUUUUAAGUCCGGAAACUGCUCCAUUUAAACAGAAUCAAACGUCUGAUGAAAGAAUUUGUAACUCAUCCGUUCCAACAAAUAAAAACAAAUCCAAAGAGAUUUUAGGCAAUUCUGAACAAACAUUGGUUUACACAGAUAAAGCGAUUGGUAGUUCAGAACAUGUUUUGAAACCAAUUGUAAGUUUACCUGACGAACCCGAAGAUCAUUCAAAUAAUAAUUCAAGUACGAAAUUGAAUUCUGAAAAAGGAGUUGGUAGUGGUUCAGGCUCAAAGAUGAUGUCCAUAAACACCCGUAAAGUGAAACCUUAAGCUAUUGAAGACGUGAAUGAUGUAUCAGAAGCUAAGGACACUACACACCACGAAUCAAACGUUGUUUUGCAGAGAAAAGACAUUGAACAACCCAUAUUAUGUAAUAGUGCAUACCAAGAGCAUCUUGUACCUAAGGAGAUAAUUAUUGAUACGAAACAUGGGCAUGCACCAGACGACAAAAACGUUUUUGAGGAGGAAGAAGACGAAGACGUUAAUGAUGACGAUGAUGAAAAGAAGGAAAAGAAGCCAUUGAUAGAAGAAGAAUUAAACGAAUUGAAGACAAAAACAUACAGUAAAUUGAAAACAACUGCAUCAGAAGCACUUGCUGUAGAAGACAAAAUAAACGAAGAAGGAGUUUAUAAUAUGAACAUCAGGAACGCAACUUUACAAUUCGUACUUUACCCUCAAACGCGGAUCUUUGCAGCAGAGACUCCAGUUUCGAUUGGGCAUUGCCAAUAUUCUGUUUGAGACGAAGUUCAUGGGCCUGGUGUGUGAUUGUUUGAUCCGGAUGUACAAGCACGGUUGGAUGGGAGAUGAUGGAAAAACGAACAAGAAAGCCUACAACCCAAUGAUAAAUGCUGUCUUGACGGCCGUGAAUUUCUCUGUUUCAUCAGAUGCUAUUUCGAUAAAGCUGGCAAAUCAUAAGAAAUAUUUGGAAACUAUCAAAGAUAUUCUACUCAAAUAUGCUCCAAGACAUCUUCUAAGUCAGGAACCAAAGUUGUCGAAAGAAGAAGCCAAGCUGAUGAAGUUUUGUCUGUCAGUCGCCCACAACGUUUCAAUGAGACCUAAUAACAACCAACGUCUCCGGACUCUCGACUUUACGAGCGUCAUGCAGCCCUACCUGACCUCUACUGACGAGUUGUUUAGUUUGACCACUCUGGCAACAUUAGCGAGUAUAGUAAACGAGGCAGAGUGUGAAAUAAUCAAUGCAGCGCAUGAUCGGGUUAAGUAUCUCCUAAAAGUUCUUCAGAAAGGUCUGGCAACCAAACUACGCCGCUGUAAUGGAUGGUCAUGCAAAGAGUGUGGUUACACUAUCCGAAUGAUUGCUCAAAAUGAUGCCAACAAGAAAUUGCUGGUUGAGCUUGGUGCCCUGGAGUUACUUGUGAAAUUGGGUCAAACCGGCAAUGAAGAAGAGCAAUUGGGUAAAAAUGUAUUUUUCGACAUCCAUUGAUGUUCUUAUAAAUUAAAACUACAUUGUACGGCACAUUUUAGUGUCGAUUUACAUAGUUCCGUUUAUUGCACAUAAGGCAAAAGUUAUAUUGCACCGCGUGCUAAAAAGUGCUGAAAGACAUGUUCAAUAAAAGUACAUACGUCAGAUUUUUCUCUAAUAUUUUCCACAAUUGUUAACAUCAACACAUGUAUGUUUAACUCAGAUCGUCAAAGCUGCUAUUUUUGAAGCUGCACGUUGUAUGAAUAUAGAAAGUCAAGUAUUGUCAUAUGGUGCAUUAAUAACUUCAGGUGCAUGUAGAGAAAAUUCGCCAUUUCAAAUUGUUACGAGUUUUAAAGGAUGUACAGAAAAUGUUGAAUGUUUAUGUUAAAUAUACAUUUUCUGUGGCAUUAUUUUUUACUUGUUGUCUACCAAGAAGAUUCACAUACUUUCUUAAAUCCAACUUUGGAUCUUUGCAUUCUCUUGCAAAUACUUAGUGGCCAACCGAUGCAAAUCUUAUAAUUUGUUCCAUGUUAUCAAUUAAACACACUGCUUUGUACACUAACUAAUGAUUUAUAUUUUCAAGUCGGUGAUUGGAGUAUAAGAGAAAAAACAACAAAUUAAUAUUUGUUAAUGCCUUUAGCUUUAAUG